AUGUGUGAAUCAUCCUCAGGAUUCGAGGUGCCGGGACACGAGCGUUCUCCCAUUCUCGCCGCCUCUCCCACCACAACUCAUUUGCACUUGAAUGGGACAAGCUGGGGCGGCCCCCAGGGGUAUAAAUAUAGCGACUCUGACUUCGCACCCAAGUCCGAGCUGUUCUCCACCCCGAUCCAUGCAAUGGACGGACUGUACCUGGAUUACCUGGCGACGGUAGGUUUCCCGGAGCGUAACGGGAAUCCCAGCGGGAACCUGGCGACUAAUCCCCAGAGCACCGAGAGCCCAGAUUCAAGUACAAAGCAGCCCACCGACGCAGAGAGCGGCGCGGCGGAGCAGGGGAACCGGCCGGCGCCCAGAGGCCGGAUGCGCACCGUGUUCAGCGAGGAACAGAAGCGGAGGCUGAUGCAGCGCUUUCACCGGCAGCGGUACAUCUCCCCGCAGGAGCGGGCAGAGUUGGCCAGAGCGCUGGGACUCAACUGUAAACAGGUGAAGACCUGGUAUCAGAAUCGAAGAAUGAAGCUGAAACGCAGUCAAUACAGUCAAAACCCGGCGAGCACUUGGAAUCGACCAAACUUCAACUCAGUUUCAUCUCAGAACUCUCAGUUGGCAAACCACCCAGAUCCUCAUUUUGGCAGCUUACGUCCAGAGAACCUCAUGAUCCCGCAGGCACCAUCUCCAGGUUUUAGUAAUCAGAUUCCAAGAUCUGGGAUGGGUCAUUCAUCACUGGGAAUUCUCCAGACACCGCCAGUCCAGGAUGAACUGCAGUACUUUGCCACGUCUAGCAGCUACCCUCCCACACAAGAAAAUAUCCCUCUGGCAGCGGUGGGAUUCGAACCCACGCCUCCGAAGAGACUGGAGCCUAAAUCCAGCGCCUUAGACCGCUCGGCCACGCUACCGAUGAAAGAAUAG